AUGGAAGCGACGAACAAUGCGAGAUGGUUCUCUGAGAUUGCUGCCAGAAGUACCUCCUUCAAAGUUUACGGUCAGGGCUGGAUGUCCUGCAAUAAAGAUGAUAAAGUACAGGCCGUUGUAGUCGAAGUGGAUGUCAAACCGUUUUAUACUCACGGUAUUCAAUCCUUGACACAAGUCUUACAAAAUCAACUGCAUCAAAAGAGAAAGUGUGUGGUUUGCCGAUCAGAAGAUGUGACAUCAGCAAUUACAAUCGGUAAUCACAUGAUCAUCGACAUUGAGUGUCUGCAAUGGACCCAGCUUGCCAAAAAUCUUGAACAUCCUGAUUGGCCAGGGACUCUCACGAUAAGUCAAGUACCGAAGAAAAUUGAAAUCGCAAAGUCAACUUAUACUAUACAGUCGGUAGUUGAAUAUGUUGGUGAAUUACAAUCACCGGAGCCUUGCAAAAUGCAAUCUGAAUUAUUGAUGGGUCAUUACAUCGCA